AUGGGUGGAGGGGCGUUCAUGGAUGGAGUUCGUCGUUGGUUCCAUCGUGGCCCAACAUCUGUCGCUCAUAACUCUUCUUCUUCUUUAGCUUCUUCCAGAUUUAGUAAUGACAAUGAGGCACACUCGGAUUCUGUUACUCAGAGGGAAAAACAAGGACAAGAAGAGGGUUGUUUGAUGAUCGUUGAGGACUUAGAUAUCUCGGGCCUCAAGUUAAUUAAAGUCCCUAAGCGGGUUUAUUUCCCUGUUCCGCUUUCAUCAAUGGAUUCUCAGAAAAAGAAUAAUCUGGAAACUGAGUUCUUCACCGAGUAUGGGGAGGCAAGUAGGUAUGAGGUUCAAGAAGUUGUUGGAAAAGGCAGUUACGGUGUUGUGGGUUCUGCAGUAGAUACCCACACUGGAGAAAGAGUCGCCAUAAAGAAGAUCAAUGAUGUGUUCGAGCAUGUUUCUGAUGCCACACGGAUUCUUAGGGAAAUCAAGCUCCUUCGGCUGCUUCGCCAUCCGGAUAUUGUCGAGAUCAAGCAUAUAAUGCUCCCACCUUCGAGGAGAGAAUUUAGGGAUAUCUAUGUUGUAUUUGAAUUGAUGGAAUCUGAUCUUCACCAAGUAAUCAAGGCAAAUGAUGACCUAACACCAGAGCAUUAUCAAUUUUUCUUGUAUCAGCUUUUGCGCGGAUUAAAGUAUAUUCAUACAGCAAAUGUGUUUCACAGAGAUUUGAAGCCAAAGAAUAUACUUGCUAAUGCCGACUGCAAGUUGAAGAUUUGUGAUUUUGGUCUGGCACGUGUGUCGUUCAAUGAUGCCCCAUCUGCAAUAUUCUGGACUGAUUAUGUUGCAACUCGGUGGUACCGCGCUCCUGAGCUGUGCGGUUCCUUUUUCUCUAAAUACACUCCUGCCAUUGAUAUUUGGAGCAUCGGGUGCAUAUUCGCUGAGAUGCUCUCAGGCAAGCCAUUGUUCCCUGGGAAAAAUGUGGUCCACCAGUUAGAUCUAAUGACGGAUUUGCUCGGCACACCUCCUCCUGAAGCUAUCGCAAGGAUCAGAAAUGAAAAGGCAAGAAGAUACCUCAGCAGCAUGCGCAAGAAACCUCCUAUCCCAUUUACCCAGAAAUUUCCAAAUGUCGAUCCUUUGGCUUUACGCUUAUUGGAGAAGCUACUCGCUUUUGAUCCAAAAGAUAGACCGACUGCUGAAGAAGCACUGGCUGAUCCUUACUUUCACGGGCUAGCAAAUGUGGACCGCGAGCCGUCCACUCAGCCCAUCUCAAAACUUGAGUUUGAGUUUGAGAGGAGAAAGCUAAUGAAAGAUGAUGUUAGGGAGCUUAUUUAUAGGGAGAUUCUAGAGUAUCAUCCUCAGAUGCUUCAGGAGUAUCUUCGUGGUGGAGAUCAGACUAGUGGCUUUAUGUACCCAAGUGGAGUUGAUCGGUUCAAGCGGCAGUUUGCCCAUUUAGAAGAACACUAUGGCAAAGGUGAGAGAGGCACUCCUCCUCUACAAAGGCAGCAUGCCUCAUUGCCUAGAGAGCGGGUCCCAGCUCCCAAAGAUGAAGUUAAGGAUAACGAGUUUGAAAAGCGAACAUCGGCUUCGGUUGCAACAACUCUUGAGAGCCCCCCACGGGACAUUGAAGGUUCGGAUAACGCAAAUGCAAAUGGACAGCACAAGGGAAACUACAGUGCUCGUAGCCUGCUAAAGAGUGCAAGCAUCAGCGCUUCUAAGUGUAUAGGUGUCAAAGAGAAAAGAGACACCGAGCAAGACCCGAUAGAAGAGCAUAAUGAAGAUAUUGAUGGGUUGACAGAGAAAGUAGCGGUGCUCCACGCUUGA